AAGAGGAAGCCCAAAGAAAAUUUAAGAGCUCUUUUUUUCUAAACACAUCGAGCUACUCCUCAGCUGCAUCCUGAAUGCAUAGCAAAAACACAUAUUUAAGCUACUGUUACAACAGCCGUGCUGGUGACUCUGCACCCGUACUGCAAACCGUCUUGCCUGUGGGAAAAUGUCGUCUCACAGGAAAGGAUGCUGGGCAUUUUUGGUCACCGCAGUGGUGACCAUGUUUCUGCUGGAUGUUGCUGUUGUUGUGCAGGCAAAGAGCUUUGAGGAUGUUCGUUGCAAGUGCAUCUGCCCACCAUACAGAAACAUCAGUGGACACAUCUACAACAGAAAUGUCUCACAGAAGGAUUGUAAUUGCCUCCAUGUAGUGGAGCCCAUGCCGGUGCCUGGUCAUGAUGUGGAAGCUUACUGCCUGUUGUGUGAGUGCAAGUACGAGGAACGAAGCAGCAAUACCAUCAAGGUAACCAUCAUCAUUUACCUCUCUGUUGUGGGCGCACUGCUGCUCUACAUGCUGUUCCUGCUGCUGGUUGAUCCUCUUAUCCGCAAGCAUGACCCUUACACCCAGCCAUUACACAAUGAGGAGGACUCUGAGGAGAUGCGUCCGCAGGUGGACACCAGCCAGGGCAGAGGAAACACCGUGCUGGAGCGGGUUGAGGGGGCACAGCAGCGCUGGAAAAAGCAGGUCCAGGAACAGCGCAAGACUGUUUUUGACCGCCACAAGAUGCUUAGUUAAACCUCAAAGCUGAUCUUGAACCAGGGUUAGAGGAGGUAACUCUCCUGAACUCAGCUGCCUCUCAUCACCAGCUGCACUAUUAUUAACCCCUCACUCAUUGCUGUGCACUGGACUGUCAGAGUUAGUAUUUCCUCAUUAAGACAUGCUGAUCUAACAAAGUCAAAUGUUUUUAUUUAUUAAUAUGAAACACUAUUGACUAAGUUGCAGUUAUGUAAAAACUACAGGCCUGCACACUCUUAAUGGCUAAAGAUCAUUUAAAUUAUUUCAGAUUUAGAAUGCCUUGAUAAAGUAAGAACCUGUUUUGGUUUUUCUUUUGCCUAUUUAACCAUGAUUGAAUUGUUUUUAAGUUUCCUUGAGAUAAUUUUUGUUGUUAGCUAUUUGCCAAUUUUACUAAGUACUAAGCAGUUUUUUCCCAUAGCGUAGUUUUCCUUGUAUCAUUUAUGAAGUUACCACAGAACAGGUAAGCUUUAUGUUUGUGAAUGGACAGUUGGCAGCAAGAGUACCCAAUGUUUUAUUGCCAAGCAUUGCACAUUUUCUUAUUUAGCACGAAUCAUUUAUUUAUUAUAAUGAUAAUAAUAAUUAUUACAAUUUAUUUGUAUUUCAUUGAUGUGUAUUGUAACCUGGGCAUAUAAAGGAUUGUACAUGUUUGGCUUUGUAAUUUUAAAGCAUUGACAUUGCUACCUUUUUUAAGAUAGUCCCAGUAUGUGCCUUUUCCUGUUUCUCUCAUUGUGUAGGUGAAUGUGUUACACCAAACUCCAGUGCAGCAUUUGGCUCUUAUGCAUAACAGAUGGAAGGAUCUUUUUUUUAUCAUUUUUGGCAUGAAUAUCAUCCACUGUGUGGCAGCUGUGUUUGUAUAAAUUCAAUCUGUAAUCUUGAAUUUACCCGUGAACCUGAUGCGGUAAACGUUUGACUGACUAAGGCUGAAAGCCACAUUUAUAUUCUGCAGUGGUGUUUCUGAUGGAACAUCCUUUCCCAUGCAAAGAGAGAAAGGGAGAACAGGGCAUUUAACAGAGCUUUAAAGCCAUCCUCAGUUGAAUCAAAUCUCUGCCACUGGAGAAUGUCCUAAAUCUGUAAAGCCGCUCAUAAUGCGCUUUAAAUGUGGCAGAAUCAGGAUGCCUCUUAGCUUUGAAGGGCCCUAGCGUGUAUCAUUAUGUGUCAGUGAAUUCCCCCUCGCAUCCUACUACUGAAGCUCCCUGCUGGGGAAGAAAGGCACACUGACUUGCAUUACCUCGUGCACAAUGUGAACUGCUGAUUUAUUAUUUGUGUGUGUAAUGGUUUGUUUUAUCACUGAAGUGUUUUAUGAUUUAAUACCACUGGUAUUAAUGUUUUGUAUUUAUUUUAUCUCUGGCCUAACUGGAGUAUUGCACUGCUCAUGUCUAUACAUUCAGCUUGAUGUAAAA